CCCCCAGCAGAGGCGGAAGUGGAGCCGCCCGAGUCUUGCCGCGUUGCCGCGGGUUCCAGGGUCCAUGGCCGCCUACUCCUAUCGCCCUGGCCCGGGUUCCGGCCCGGGCCCAGCUGCGGGCGCGGCGUUGCCGGACCAGAGCUUCCUGUGGAACGUCUUCCAGCGAGUUGAUAAAGACAGGAGUGGGGUGAUAUCGGACAGUGAGCUUCAGCAGGCGCUAUCCAAUGGCACAUGGACCCCGUUUAACCCAGUGACUGUCAGGUCAAUCAUUUCUAUGUUUGACCGGGAGAACAAGGCUGGCGUGAACUUCAGCGAGUUCACAGGCGUGUGGAAGUACAUCACAGACUGGCAGAAUGUCUUCCGCACCUAUGACAGGGACAACUCUGGAAUGAUCGACAAGAACGAGCUCAAGCAAGCACUCUCAGGUUUUGGCUACCGGCUCUCUGACCAGUUCCACGACAUCCUCAUUCGGAAAUUUGACAGACAAGGACGAGGGCAGAUUGCCUUUGAUGACUUCAUCCAGGGCUGCAUUGUCUUGCAGAGGUUGACGGACAUAUUCAGACGUUACGACACGGAUCAAGAUGGCUGGAUUCAGGUGUCCUAUGAGCAGUAUCUCUCCAUGGUCUUCAGCAUUGUAUAAUGCACGCCUCGUGGACAGCAGCACAUCAUACGAGAAAAGACUGAAAAUGCCAAAUUCCUUCCCUGUAACAAAUGGGGACCCAGAUGCAGUUAGACGCUGUUCUUCCGUCGGAUCUUGUGUGGUUAACACUUGGGGACCUGGCUGUACAUAUGUGGAUGAGCUGACUAGGGCUUUGCAGUCGUAGCAGCCGCCAUGUCAACCUAAGAAACACUGGGUUUGCUGGCCUGCUAAUUGUGCCAUGAGGCGAAACCUAAUAAUGGUUCAGGUAUUCUGCUCCCAAAAUGCAUCAUGUGCUUUCCUCGAUCUCCAGUUCUGUAGUGGAAAUGCUUUUAUCAGCCAAUAGAAUUUUUAAGUGAAAUGGAACUUGCACCGAGGCUUUCACGUGCCUUACUUUUCUAAAAGGAGUUUAUUGUGUUCAUGGGAACAGGCAACACAAGCAAUAAAGUAAAGGUACACACUCGA